GCUACACAGUGGAAAUCCGCGCCGGGGAGCUGCCGAGGGGAGCGAGCGUCAUGUGAAAGGCGCACAUGCUCUGCCACCCGCGCAGCGCGUCCCUCUCUCGCUUCUCUGUGCGUUCCCCUUGUUCUUCUCUAACGUAACUCCUUUUCUCCCACUUCCCGUGCUCCGCCGCCGCUCCGCAGCCCAGGCGGCCUCCGCAAGGGCUCCGCGGCGGGCGGGCGCGGGGCAUCCCGCGGAGCCGCGCCCCGCGGAGCCGCCUCGGAGGAGGAGGGAUGGUUUUCCCGGCGGAGCAGAGCCGCGGGUGCUGAGACGGGAUUUUUGCGGUGCGGUUCCCGGGCUCCCAGCUUCAUGACUCCGCGGAGCGGGGAGCCAAAACCAUGCGAGCACAAAUUGAAGUGAUACCAUGCAAAAUUUGUGGUGAUAAGUCCUCUGGAAUACACUAUGGUGUCAUCACAUGUGAAGGCUGCAAGGGAUUCUUUCGGAGGAGUCAGCAGAACAAUGCCUCCUACUCCUGCCCAAGGCAGAGAAACUGUUUAAUUGACAGAACCAACAGGAAUCGUUGCCAACACUGCCGACUGCAGAAAUGUCUUGCCCUGGGAAUGUCUCGAGAUGCUGUGAAGUUUGGAAGAAUGUCCAAAAAGCAGAGGGAUAGCUUGUAUGCUGAAGUGCAGAAGCACCAGCAGCGACUGCAGGAACAACGGCAGCAGCAGAGCGGUGAGGCAGAAGCCCUCGCCAGGGUUUACAGCAACAGCAUCAGCAAUGGCUUGAGCAGCCUGAAUAAUGAAACUGGCAGCACCUACUCAAAUGGGCACCUCAUUGACCUGCCGAAGUCUGAGGGUUAUUAUAACGUAGAUUCUGCCCAGCCUUCCCCGGAUCAGUCUGGGUUAGAUAUGACUGGAAUCAAACAGAUAAAGCAGGAACCUAUCUAUGACCUCACCUCUGUACCAAACCUGUUUACCUACAGCUCUUUCAACAAUGGGCAAUUAGCUCCGGGGAUAUCGAUGACUGAAAUAGAUCGAAUUGCACAGAAUAUCAUUAAAUCUCAUUUGGAGACAUGUCAAUAUACAAUGGAAGAACUACACCAGCUAGCAUGGCAGACCCACACAUAUGAAGAAAUUAAGGUUUACCAGAGCAAGACCAGAGAAGCUCUGUGGCAGCAGUGUGCCAUUCAGAUCACCCAUGCUAUCCAGUACGUAGUGGAGUUUGCUAAGCGCAUAACAGGCUUCAUGGAACUCUGCCAGAACGACCAAAUUCUCCUCCUUAAGUCAGGCUGCUUGGAAGUGGUUUUGGUGAGAAUGUGCCGUGCCUUCAACCCACUCAAUAAUACUGUUCUGUUUGAAGGGAAGUAUGGAGGGAUGCAAAUGUUUAAAGCCUUGGGUUCUGAUGAUCUAGUGAACGAAGCAUUUGACUUUGCAAAGAAUUUAUGUUCCUUACAGCUGACUGAGGAGGAGAUUGCCUUGUUUUCAUCUGCUGUUCUGAUAUCACCAGAUCGGGCCUGGUUAAUAGAGCCAAGGAAGGUCCAGAAGCUUCAGGAAAAGAUUUACUUUGCACUUCAACAUGUGAUCCAGAAGAACCAUCUUGACAAUGAGACACUGACAAAGUUAAUAGCCAAGAUACCAACCAUUACUGCACUUUGCAACUUGCACGGAGAGAAACUACAGGUAUUUAAGCAAUCUCACCCAGAUAUAGUGAACACACUGUUUCCUCCAUUAUACAAGGAGCUUUUCAAUCCAGACUCAACAACUGGCUGCAAGUGAAGGGGAUAAUAGAAUUUUCACAUAGUCAUGGAAUGCAUCACUAUUAAGACAAAAAGAAAUGUUUUCAUGAAGAACUUAUUAAAAAAUGUCACUACUGCAACACUAGGAAUGUCCUGCACUUAAUAGAAUUAUUUUUCACCGCUACAGUUUGAAGAAUGUAAAUAUGCAACUCUGAGUGGGGAUGUCUUUUUUCUCUAUUCUUUGUUUACCUUUUUUUUUUUUAACUGACAAUGAAUAUACAAAUAUAGGACACUGGGUGUUAUCUUUUUUUUAAAAGUUUAUUUUAUUGGAGGAAGUUUUGGGAGACAAUUGUUCCUAGAAUUUUAUUGUAGAUAUACCUGAGAAUAGAGCAGUACUUUGCAGUAUUACUCUUGUUGUUUAUUGUUCAAAUAUAAUUUAAGAAAAUUCCACUUAUUGGACUUGCCUACUUCUAUGUUUUUAGAUAGUUUAAUGCAUGUGGAAAUUUGUAGCUGUCUUGGAAAUUAUGGUGCAUGUAUGGAAUACACAUAUAUAUAUAUGUGCUAUAUACUUUUAUAUAUAUAUAUAUAUAUAUAUGUAGGUAUUAUAUGCAUACAUGCUGUAGCUUAAAUAUCCCAUGCCUACUUUUAAAGGAUGCUCAGCCUGGCUGUCUUGCAUUUCUUACUCUCCAAGUAAUGUAUUACAUUUACUUUGGGCAAUCAAGAUUUGUUUUGCCAGUCAGAGUUAAAUUAUCAGCUGCCAAUGUGUAAUGACAGGAUCACUUCUGAGAUUUGUGUAAUGUAGUGCAUGUGUGCAGUCUGUAAAUGAAACAGUAGGAAUGUAUCAAUGGUGCAGAAGCCUUGUCUGGAUUAUUUUAGUGGAGAGAGGAAAUGGUUUUUUAGAACUUUCUCCCUGUUACAGGGAUAGAGCAUAUAUAAAAGUGAACAUUGCAGGACCUGAUGUCAGUAAAGUAUCUGAAACAUGGAGUGAAAAUGUAGACUAUCCCACACAUACUUCUUCCUAAUUCCACAUGUGGUUUUAUUUUAUAUAUGUAUACUGCUUUGAAAAUUAAUUGCAAGUCUUGGUUUGUUUUUUGCUGGACACAAUGGAAAGACAUAUAGUGAAAUCAGUGAAAACUGUGGGAAGCCUAAAAUGUAGCUCUAAAGAAGUAGAAGCUUCUAAAGAGUAGAAGCAGAGGGGGCAAGGUGGGGAAGGAGAAGAAAAUUCAAAGCAAGCAAUGUCCAUGGUUACAAAGGCAAAUAUAACUAGCACUGUUUCUGACAUAGCCAUCAUCUGAAUAGGACUGAUGGUUUCCAUUCCACAGAUACAUACAUACCUGUGUGUUACAUACACAUGCAUAUAUGUGUGUGUAUAUGUAUGCGUGUAUAUAACUCUAUACAUAUAUAGUAUUGAAUUUAGAUGCACUUCAGGAGGGGAGCAAGGGCUUGAGGCUUUCUUUUUUACUGUCUCUGAAUUAACUUUAUAUGCAUUUGCUGGCAAAACCAAAGGCAAACACAGAGGAGAAUGGAAUAUUGCCAUGGACUUAAUCUUGUGGAUUAAUUAAGUUUAAUUAGCAGUCAUGAUUAAUAUGUUUAGAUUCUGCCAGAGAUGCAAAACCUACACUUUUUAGCUAUGGAAGAGGAAUUCAGCUUCUGCUACGACUCUGUCCUUAUCAACACUUUUACCCAUAGCAAGCUUUUUCAGAGAGAAUCCGAAAACUCUCUGCAACAGAAAUUAGAGGAAGCAGGCAGUAGAGUAGAAACGAAGUGAAGGCAGGAUAACAAGCAGACAUAUUUCUUUAUUUCAAAUCACAUAGAAAUCAAUGAAACCCAAGGCAAGGCAAGGAGAAGCACACUGGCAGGGAGGCCAAAGGACCCGCUGCCUGCCAGGCAGCUUGCCAGAGCAGUGUCACAAGGAGCCCACAGGGACACAGCUGGGCUUCAGGGGGUUGCAGAAACUUGGUUUGUUGCCAUGAUAACUUAAUGCCUCCAGCUUUUCCAGCGGACUCGCACAAUUCUGGUCUCAAAUCUUCUUUUGCCUUUUCUGCAUGACCAAAUAAUUCACAGGCUAUUCCGAGGACUUUGUGAAGUUUUCUCUUGCCUCCUGUCAGCUGGGUUGCAAGUUUAUAUACACGUUUUGUGGCAGAAUUCAGUCUAGGCAACAUAAACUGCUGUCUGCUCAUUUUUAGUGAUGCUGGACCAGAUACAGGAGCACUUACGAACACUCAGCUUAUAAAUCUUUCUCUGUACGUCCUUUACACCUUCAAAAAGAAAAAACGUACACAGCAAAGUUAGUUGUGCUGAGAAUUUUGUUGCAAAUGUGACAUACUAUUCAAAAUUACUUACUCGCUAGAGCAGCAAUUUCUAGAAUAUCCUUUUUCUCCAAAUUCAGAGCACAUUUUCUGAUCUUUGCUGAUUACACUGCAGUGUCUUCAAUUAACAUAAUAAAGCGUUGCUCCUGAUGCUUCUUUAUACCACUUAAACACCAAGACUGGCAUUCCCUUAUAUGUUGAUUUAUCUCUUUGCAGCCACUUUUAUAUGGGAAAUCCAUGAAAAUCCGAAUAUUUUUAAUAUCAAAAACAUUAAUUAGUCAUGUUUCUGUACUGCUUAUGUGAGUUAACUUGGGAAAAAUCUCAAGUCAGACUGAACCCUGGAUGUGCUCAGUUUGAAAGGCAGGGGUUUCAUGUUUUCCUUGUCUUUUCCAACACAAGAACAUGCUCAUAUAUAUUUGUUUGAAAUCUUUUAUAAACUUGUUUUCAGUGUUUCAAAAGUAACAUAUUUAGCCAACCCACAGAAAUACAGAAUGUGUGAUAAAUAUUACUGUUCUUAGUGCUGUUAAGUAAAAAGGUUUGUCAUGUUUAUAAAUAGUCCUUCACAAUUAUUAUAUCUUGAAAAUGUUUUGUUCUUUUCAAAUAAGCUAAUCAUUCCUUGGGAUUUUUUACUUAUGUCUUAGGCAAGACAACCAAAUGGAAAUCACCAGUGAAAAAGACAUUAUUUAAUCAUUAUCCACAGAGCUUUUAAUCCUUAAAGCACUAUUCUUAAAUCACUGCAACCUCAUGACCUUUUCAAUCAGUAGGGAUUACUGCAACUUUUAAAAGAUGCAGAAAUGAAGGAAAAGAAGUUAAACGACUUACCAGAGACUACAAAGGUAGCAGUGUGCAGUCCUCAAAUACAAAUGGAUUCUUGCCUUUUGCCCUAAAAAUAUUAAGAUGCGGGUAUACAAAAUCUUCAUUGCCGUUAAUAGACAAUAGCCUUUACAAACAAUUACAAAUAUUGCCAAACAAUGUUUAUCUUCAAAUGAAGUUAAUUAUCAGCAGCUUGCUCUGGUUUUGUUACUACUUUUACAGAAUUUGAGCAAGUAACCUUGCUUUUAUUUAUGAAAAUAAAAAUUCAUUCUCACAUGUUAUUUAUUUGUGGUAACUGAGACUGAUAAAUAUUAUUUAAUUUUCUCUGAUUUGGGAUUGGCCACAUAGGUGAAGUAGUAUCUCUUUUACCCUUCAUUGACCAUGUUUAGAACAACAAAUAAUGAUCACAUGCUACAGGCUGGAUUUUUGUUCUUGGUUUUGAUAUAUAGUUACUUAUACUCAAAAUUUCAAGCUCUUAGUUUUCAAUUUCGUAUGUUCAGGCUAUCCAUAAACUUUAAAUAAUAAAAUAACAUGAAUUUCAGUAAAUAACUGCAUAAUCCACCCACAUAAUGUUUUUCAGAAAAUAUUGAUGCUGCACUUUAUUUCUUCUUGGUUUUCAUUAGUCCACAGUAGUAUUUGAAUCCUUUUAAUUAGAUCUCUAAAACUAGGAUUUGUCACAUCUGCUCUCUGUAGUAAUUGAUUAUGUUCAUUAAUUUUUUUAGUGACAAGCUUUUCAAAUGGGACACAUUUUUUAAUGAUUGAUUAACCCAGGAUCUUUAACAAAAGUAUACUUAAAGUAUGUGUUAAAUCUUCUACUUCAAGCAUUGCUCUCAGAUAAUUCAAAGACAUUUAUCUAAAUUACCCUUGGCAUCGAGGAAGCAGAUGCAGACUCUUUGUUACACUACCACAGAGACUUAAUUUUGGUGUAAAUAUCACUCUUGCCAGCUCUUUGUAUAAAGAAUUCAUUCCAAGAGUCAAAUUUCCUUCUAACAGAAUGUUUGCUUUAGCAUUGCUAUGAAAAAAACAGGGUAACAGAAAGCACUCAGUUAAGCCAGCUUGUUUCCAAAAGCAAUGUGUAUUUUUUGAUUGGUUUGUGAUAGGCAGCAUUUAGGAGUUGAUUCUGCAAGUUGUCAGGCUCCCUUUGCUUUAAUUAGAGCCACUAGAAAUGGACACAUCUAAAGCCUCACACAGAAGAUGUUCAACCCCUCAUAAAGUUGGAUGCCUUGAGGUCACCUUUGCGCUUUCCAGAGCACAGAUCAGAUAUCAUUCUCAUACUUGUGUUUUAAUGCUUUUACUUAACACUUCCCAUAGUUCAUUUCAGCUCUAUUUCACACCAAUGCUGUCUUGAUGCCUGUGCCAGGUUAUGAUGCUCCAGGUGGAGCAACUAUCCGACUUGUCUAUGAAGAUGAGCUUUAUUAUGUGAUUUUUUUGAUUCUUUUCAUGGUGGCAGCUUGCAUGAGUGUACAUUUCCCUUUGGGAUAGUUUGCAGAAAUUUAUAACAUAAUUUUUACGCAAAGAGGGUGCAAAGCUGCUCUUGUGUAUCUCCCUCUCAGCCUUCCAGCACCAGGCUGUGGUACCACAACCAAGGCUGCAGCAGUCUUAUGAAUUGGUCAGGCAGCACAGUUAAGAGAUGUGCAGCUAGUGGAUUCUUUCCCUGUUGUCUUUUUCACCCCUUCCUAAGCUGUGCUACAAAGCGCAUUUGAAAGAUGUUCAGAUGUUUCCAGAAGAGACGAGGUCCAGCCUAGAAGUUGGGUCAUAUUUUCGGAGUCAUUGUCUGUUGGAUGUCUCAGGAAUAUAGCACUGGACAAUGAAAUCAGACUGAAAAUGGAAAGAGUUUUUGUCCAAAUAUGGUGUGUCUAAGCACAUGUAAAAUAGAAUUCUGAGACAGAACAGCUUGCUUUUCGCUGGAAAUAACAAAAUAGUGUAUAUACACUAACCAGCCUGUCCCAGCACUUUCUGCCUCCACUCUAGAAACUAACUUCUAUCUCUGACAUCCAUUAGGAUCCGUGUGUUGGAGACCCAGCCCUCUUUCCUUUUUAUGUUUCAUGCUUUGUAAAUGACAAUCACUGCUUGAUGCAGAUGUUGCACUGUAUGCUGCUCAGGGAUAUUUCAUUACUAAAAAUAGCUAUAUAAAUAUAACAAUAAUAAUAAGGAAGAGAAUGUUAGAGGCUUUGAAGGGCAUGUGUUGGACUGCCCAAAUGAACACGACCCAGACAAGGCUUUAAGCCAGUGAUUAGAAUUAAAAUUGGUAUAAACUGAAUUCACUGUCAGCGUUUCCUCAGCUUGAUGCAGGACUCACUUCACCCAUUGUUUCACAGUCAGUGGACCCCUCCUGAGUUAUCAGUUUAUGAUGCUAAAGUCCUUUUGGAAAGAAAAUGCAAGCGAGCUUUAUAUGAAUUACUGGAUUUAGAUAACUGACAAAAGAAAGUGCAGUUUGAAGGCACUGAGUUUAGGUACCAUCAAUGUAAGUUCAUAUUAAGAAUUGCUGCAGACAUGUAAGAAGAAAACUAAAGACAUGGAAUAUAUGAUAGUACGACAGCAACAGUAAUGCCAGGCAACAACAUGGAAAAAUUACUAUAAAGAGCAAGUAGUAUAAAGUGGCUCAAGCUACCCUUUCCUCUCAGGAAUGCACAAAAUCAGAGCUACCCCCAGGCCUCUGUAGCAAUGUUUCUCCAUGGUAUUGCCAGUUCUUUUCUCACCUCAAGCAAAUAUGACCCCAUUUUAAACUGUACUAGUGAAAAAUAUGACCGUUUCCUAAAAUUUUGAAAUGCACGUACCUAUCCUUAGGUGCAUUUACACCACAAGUUUUUUAUAGACCUAUCAUUACAAGAAAACACACAGGAAGACAAAUUGCAGGGCAUUAUAUUGUUAGUCAUUGAGUUAAGUCUAGGUAUCUAACCAAGAGGCUGUCCUCAGCCUGAUCAUUGCUCCUAUUCCCACAGUGAGUAUAUACAGGUUUUGAUUCCAUCUUCUGAAUUCCCUGCAUCUAGAAGAUGGUUGGCAACUUAAAGUCCCUGCAAGUAAGGCUGCAUGACAACAAGCCCAACACCUCAGUGAUUUACCAUCCCAGAAGUGAUUUUUAGUGGAUUGCUUAGCUACAAUAAAGCCACUCGUGUAUGCAGUCUACAGGCAAAGGCCAUUGUGAAAAGGAGAGACCUAAAAUUUCUACACUGGUAGCUCACAGAUCAGUAACUUUUCUAAAAAGGCAGCCUGACAUGAUCAAUAUGUUGGUGUCCUUCAAAUGAUCCUUGCAUUUCAUUUGUGCUGAGAGAAUAAGACAAUGCACAAAAUGCUCUGGGAAAGCAUAGAUAUUUUCUGGGUGUUUACAGCAGGCAGCAAGGAUGAUGCUGCUCACAGUGAGUUCAGUAACAUAAUGUACUACAUUUACAUAAUUUCAUCAUCCUCACAAUUCAAGCACAGCACGUAGGGAGAGUGAAAGAAAACAUCAUUGGAUACAGCAGCAAUAAAUAAAUUAUAAGUGUUUCUUUGUAACUGUACUUGCAGAAAUUGUUUGCUUUGCAUGUGGUCUUCUGUAUAAUAACAUAAAGAAAAAACUUCAUCUAAUUUAGAUAUCACAGUGUUCUUACAUAGUUGUUGGAUUUGUUGGGUGGAGCUGCUAAUUUGUGAUCAAAUAUACUGCUGUUAAGAAAAAUGUGUGUGUGUCAAGAAAAGGCCAAGGGCCUUGUUUAUGGCUAUCCAUUGGCAGCAGUAAAGUAUGUUAAAUAUAAUACUGGUCUGGACAGAAUUUAAGAAAUAUUUCCUAUAUUUCAAUAUUAUGAUCACAUUGGUCCCAUAUUUGGGCAACAAGAAUGCGACUGCAUUGGGAAAAAAGCAGGGCCAGAUGGUCAGCCAUGAAGGACAGGAAAGAACAGGCUUUACCUUGAAGACUGUUCCAGAUAAAACCAGCUUAUUAAAAAAAAAAACAAAAAUAUGUGUAAAAAAAAAAAAAGCACUUAUACUUGUCUUGAUUAGACACGCAGCUUAAUAAGUCAAAGUAACUACAUUAGGCUGUCGACUUUGGGGAUUCAGAUUCAGAUGCACUACAUUUGUGUUUUUUUAAUGUGUCACUUCAAUGUCAGAAUCAGGCAAAAAAAAAAAAAAAAGGUGUUUUGUUGUUAAUAGUAAGAAAUACUAAUAAUCAUUUAACCCUACAGAGUGUGGACCAAACAUUCUCACGCAGUAGAUGGGGAUUUGUCCGUGCACUUAUUCUUAAAAAGCCACUGAGUAGCAUAGCAAGUGAACUAGACGAGAUAUUCUUUGCCUUUUACAUGAUUGCAAUGUGACCUCUGGCAGGCUACAGGGAGCGGCUCUGUUAUUGUACUUGUGGCCACAAAUAAAGCACAACUGAACUCUAGGCUGUUAUCAACACCCAACUAAAUCAAAUGCAUGGGGUAUUUUGAGAUUUAUGCUAAUCGGUGUGAGAUAAUUCCCAUGUUAAACUAAUUACUUUGCUUGUAAUGAGUGGACGGUAUAAAUAAAUUAGGAAUCAGAAUAGCAAUGAAAUCCCUUAUUUUACAUCUGCACUCUCUGCCUCAUCUGAUUAACACUGAAAAAAGUUACUUAAAAACUAAACAAAACAAGACGAAAGAAACCUGAGUAUGUAUUGUAGAAAUGUAGAAGACAAAUAAAAUAUUUUUUCAAAGGUAAUUACUUUUAAUAUAUGCUUGUGGAAGGUCUGAUACUAUGUAUGCUGUCUCUGCAAUUUUUGCUGUAAAUAACUUGGGACAGUGAAUACACUGAUUUUUUCUAUGUCUCUGUUUAAACAUAAGACUUUGUAAUGAUUUUUUUUAAAGAGGAAAAACAUCAAAGAGCCAAUUAUGUACUUGCUUCCUGUAAAUGUAAUGUACUCUUCAGUUUUUAUGGAAACUGAUUGUAAUAGAUAAAGCCUUUUGACCAGCCAUUGAUGUUUAGUGUAUACUUCUGUUCAUAAAGAGUUAAAAAAAAGAUGGGACUGUCAACGAAACAUGAUCCCAGUGAGUCUGUACCAUGAGUAUUGUGUUAAUACCUGCAGACUGCAUUUGACUUACGUAAUUUGAAGAAAGGUUGCUCAAACAAAUAGUGUUUCCUAACAGCAUUUGGCUUUUAUGAAUCCUUCAGGCAUGAAUUAUACUAAUAGAAAUAUUUCUUUCUUUCCAAUGAGCUAAAUAUUUUUGUAUGCCUUUAAUUUCUUAUUCAAAUUUGAGGUUAGAUCACUCAUUAGCUAUAAUCUGAAGCCAUAACCGACCUUCACCACAUACAUGUUUUAAAGAUCAUACUAGAAAAAGAAAUUAUAUCCAGUUUAUCAACACCUAUAUUAAAACAGACAGGAGCAUAAAUAACAGGCAAGGUAUUUGGAUGCUUUUCCAAUAUGACUUUAAUGGCUAGUAUUUUAUGAUUACCAAUUUAUAAAAAAGAAAAACAUAAUUAAAAUAGAUAUUUAGAUUUAAAUGAAGCUUUCUAAUAUUUUUUAAAUAUCCCUGAAAAAGCUUCCUUGCUUUUAGGAAUAUGAGAGAAACUGAUUUUUCAUAUACUUCCCACUUUCAAAUAUCUAAUGUUUUUAUCCUAUUUCCAGUUCACUUUGUGAGAGUGAAAUGAGAUGUUAAGACCCAGAUCUCCAAGCCCUGAGCUAUUUGGUGCUUGGCUGUAGCUAUAUUGUGUAAAUCAAUUUGAUUUUAAUUUUGAGGGUGUGUUUUCUACUUGAUAAGCAGACUUACCACUGUUGGUAAUACAGACAAGUUGCAUUGCCUGUCAAGAAGCAUGAUAAAAUAACAAUCAAUCAAAUACAAUCCAAAUAACAGUCAAAAUGAGUCACUCUCAAAAGCCGAAUAAAAAUUCCUUUUUAAAAUCAAAUGCCUCUUAGAGUCAACAGUGGUUUGUUUGGUUUUUUAAAAGCUUAGUUGUAUGAUAAUUAUGAUGUAUCUUAACUGGCUUGUAGAUGCAAAAAGUAAAGCCACAAAUGAAUCUCAGCAUGCUGGGUAAAAAUCUGGCUCCAUUGAAACCAGUGGUCAAAACUUUCACUGAUUUCCGUGGAGCCAGGAAUUCAUCCAGCAUUUUUACAUCUGCAGUUUUCUUCUGAUCUUCCUCCCUUGUUUAAUAUAACUGACCUAAUUUAUGUGUAUGUGAGUAAAAAUACAGCCUGAUUCAUUUAGAAAGUGAUCGUUGAGGGUUUUAUUUUUUAUCAUUAAUUUUGUAGGACCAGCAUCCCUGUCAAAUGAAAAGGUUCUAUAUUACUUUAGAAUGUAAUAGAUUUUUUCUUAUGUCCUGUAAUUUAUUAGUUCUGUACUGUUAGCAUUUCAUAAUAAUGCACACAUGAUUUUUGAAUGUUUUCUGUAAAUGACAAUCAAUGUUGAUGAAGUUCCUUUCUUUAA